AUGUUUAAAAGAUAUAUAUGGAAUAGUAUUUUUCGUGAUAUUAAUUAUCGUUUAAAAAAAUUUUAUCAUUCUUUUUAUUAUUCUCAAAGUCACAUAAAAUAUGUAAUGCUAAUAUUAUUUCCUGCAAUUAUAUGGUCUACUAGAUAUAGAACAGAUACAAAAUUGGGUUACUUUUUUUACAUAAAUGAUGAAAAAUUAUAUCCACAAUAUUCAAAUAAUUUAAUAAAUACGAAAUGGAAAAAUGGAACAAAAUUUUACUUAGAUGAUAAUUUAACCGUUAAAGAUAUAAAAAAAAUUAUUUAUCAAAAUGAAGAAAAUAUACCUAAAAAUAUAAAAUUUGGGUGUAAAGGAAGAAUGAUGGAAGAUACAGAUAACUUAGCAUUAGCUGUUAGAGCUUUUUGUAAAAGAGAUCCUAAAGUUUUUAUAUGGGAAGAUGAACAUGCUCAACUUGUUUAA